AAAUGCUCCGAGGUAUGAACCUUAUAUGGUCAAAGUUCUCCAUGAUUGAUAUCUAGCUUUGCCAUCACCACAUUGUAUUUCUCCAUGAAAAUAUCUACUAUUGGUCUCUGUUUCAAAACAAAUAAAGAUUCUCCUUGACAAGCCUAGCCUAAUGAACACAUCUCAAUUGUGAGUGAGUCCAGAGUCACUUCUAUCUCUUCUGGAAACAGUUUGUCAUAGAAUUGGAAGAUCACCUACUCUUCACAGCCUGCCAAGACAGCCUUUAUGCUUAUCAGUUAUCAAGCUAUCUAGGUACACACUCAUCACAUUGUUUACACCGGCCCCACGAGAAUUCAUACGGAGCCCCCCGCAGAGCUGUUCAAUUACAACUUUGUGUCGUGUGCGGUUUUGAGCAAUAGCCUGUAGGAUUUAUUUGAGGCAAGUGAAUGAACUACUUGAGCUAGCUCUACGAAACUACCACUAACCAAUGUAGCGCGAAAAGAUUCUCAUUAUCAAGCCCUGAUUGUGUUCUUGAAACUCGACUCAUUAGGAAAUUUAACAGCAAAAUGUUUUCUGAAUCUUCAGAGGGUGUUAAAUCCCCCGCACAAUGUGUCGGCCCUGACUAUCGACCUGAGAAACCUAUUGCGACCGUCUCAACUCCAGUUUCCUUCCCAAAUGUGCAUACAUUACCUCAAACCCCGCAGCUCAUUGCUCUUCUUACGUACGUCAUAGAAAUCCUGCACAUGCCUAUACAACUUACUUACACCUGCGUGAUAUAGCAUGAUCCGGGACAAGAACACGCAGCGUGCCGAUUUCAUAUUUUACUCGAACCGAAUCAUUCGUUUACUCGUCGAAGAAGGUUUGAAUCAUUUACCGGUGGUAGAGCACACAAUUACUACCCCAGUUGGGCGAACAUAUGCAGGAGUCCAGUUUCAGGGUAAAAUAUGUGGUGUUUCCAUCAUGAGAGCCGGCGAGGCUAUGGAACAAGGACUACGAGAUUGCUGUCGUUCAGUGAGGAUUGGUAAAAUAUUGAUACAGAGAGAUGAGGAAACUUCGUUGCCUAAACUCUUCUAUGAUAAACUUCCAGAAGAUAUUGCGCAACGUUGGGUAUUACUUCUCGACCCCAUGUUCGCAACAGGUAAUUACCGCCCCCCCCCAAACGACUUAAAAUGGUACUGUUCUAAUCUGUGACUUAGGAGGAUCUGCAUCAAUGGCGGUAGACGUUUUAAUUUCUCGAGGAGUUCCCGCAGAACGAAUCCUUUUCUUGAACCUCAUCGCCAGUCCAGAAGGCAUCGAGUCAUUUGCUAAGAAAUAUCAGAAAGUUAGAGUGGUAACGGCAUUUAUUGACCAGGUCAGUACUUCCUUCCACGUAAUACCAAAAUGCACAUCUCAGCUAACAUGGGAGUAGGGUCUUGAUGAAAAGAAGUAUGAUCCUCAUCGAAUAAUCUUAGAUUUUGCUAAUCUUCGUCUAGUUACAUUGUCCCUGGUCUUGGAGAUUUUGGUGAUAGAUUCUAUACCAUGUAGGAAAGCCAAUUUUCAAUAUCCUCUUAAUAUUUUAAAAAUCUAGCCAAAUAACAGUUUAUGCUGGUGUCCCAUUGAUCUGUGUCACUUGAACCAAUAUGAUUCGUAGCCAAGGAUAGAUAGGAUGAUUUGACCCAUUGUCACUCGCAGCCCAAGGCUAUAUAUAUGAAAGUUCGCCAACCGUGAGGGUCCCAAAACUCCAAACAAUAAAAUUUAUCACAACCCAAGCUGAAAACCUCAAGCUUAGUAUUCGUCGUCUGCAACGAUUCCAUCGCCGCCAUAG